UUUGUUGUGGGUGUGUGAAGUAAAACUCAUUUUGUAUAGUAGUGGCUGAUGUAAUUAGCGUAAGAUUACCAAGAAAUCGUGCAUAAUUUUUGUUGCGGCGUUGUUUACGUGUUAGGCAUGUGCAAGUUGCAAGCUCCAUCUACAAUAACUAAUUAAACUCACAGUCAUCGUCACACCGUUUUCACAUUCUGCUCGGAUCUUCAUUUCCAACCGGAAGUCGUCGGAGACGGCACUGACGGUGGUACGCGACGGAGUUUUGAUCGGAAUUCCGUAAUGGCUUCUAAUAACCCUUCCCUUCGCCCUGAGAUCGGACCCGACGGUCUCGCCAGAGAAGCUGCCGUCAUCGGCUACACAGAGAGGAUCAUCGAAGAGGAGCAACUUCAAUUGCAUAAAUACAUUCAAGAAAACUAUUCGAAAAUUCGAAAUGUGGAGCGUGAGCUUCAAAAUCUCACGCUUGAGAUGAAACUUACAGCAGGGCCCAAAAAAUCAGCACUUGAGCAUUUGAGAAAGAAAAUAGAACAUUCAACAGAGAAAAUUCGUGCAGCCAAGCUAAAAGAAGAACAAGCCCGGAAGGUGUGGGAAGCAGCAGCAAAAGUAGUGAAGGAAGAGGAAGCAAUAAAGGAGAAGCUAUGUGAAGAUUUGAGCAAUUUGGUUCAAGAGAGCAGCCAGUCUCAGUUUGCACGGCUGGCAGAAUUGAAAAGACGAUUGGAAGCUUUGAAUCCAAGUCACACAACAACUAAUGCUAAUCAUGAUGGGAGAUCGGAAAGUUCUUCUCAGGAGAGUAAAACGCAAGAUGGUUCCUCUGUUCCCAAUGCAAGGGAAUCAAGCGGGGGAUCAGCCGCGAGUGUUACCGAUCAAAGUAAUGGUCAGAAAGCUGCAGUGACAGAUAGACUUAAUCAGCAACCUCCUAAUGAAAGCGAAGGAAAAAGUAAAAAGAAAGUCAACUUCCAAUUAAAAGGAAAGGGAAUUGGUGUUGUGUCUAAGGGUAGAUCUUCUGCUCCUGGCUGGACUGGUGCUGGCUUUGACGCUUGAAUUGGGUAGAUGGUAGAAUCUGAAUAUAAUGUUUGAAGAUACUACUGCGAUGCUGCAUACAUUUUGGGUGAAAGUCCAUACCUUAUGUACAAGGUAUAUCCUUCUGUCCUCCAUCCGUGUUCAGUGUUAACUUGGAAAUGUUGUCUUCUCUCAAUUAGUCAAUUGUAUUAUUUUCGUGACAUUUGGUUGACACAGAGUGAUUAACCUUCUGACUUGGUUUUGAUAGCACUAAUUUGUGAAGUCCUCUACUAUGACAUUCAGGCAAGAACAUAUCAAUAUGUUGAGUUGGAUUCCCCUUGCGAUUUUGCGAGCUGUCACACUUGUUUUGAUCUCAUUGUUUUGAACUGAUAAGUAUUGUGUUAUCUUCCAUUUUGACUUGCUUCACAGAAUUUGGAUAGAAAUUGAGUUGUGAAUAAACUAAUUUCGUGUUUCGAUAGGAGAAUGUAAAGUGAAUAACAAUUGUGUGAUAGAAUGUACAUUAAUCAAGCAAUGCAAUCUUCACUGUUUACAUAU